GCGCCUCCGCUGGGGAAAUGCGAGAAUUGACGAAGCGGCGUAUGAAUAUUUAGUAGCUCGCGAUGACGUUGCGUUAUUUGGUAACCUAUGAGGGGCGACCAGACGCGGUGAUUAAUAUUCAUGAGUUGGCCACACGGCUUUUAACGUGGCAACGCAUGAACAAGAAUGGUGAAGAGGAAGGGAAUAAGGAACAAGAACCAAAAGAGAAGAAGAAAGAAGAGACUACAAAAUUAAACUGGAAAGAAUGGAUAAUAGAUCCAUCCGAAGAGUUUUAUUAUACGUGGUUGCAAAUUAUGAUACUCCCUAUCUGCUACAACUGGGUCAUCAUAAUAUUCAGGACGUGCUUCUAUACGAUCGAGGAGACGUUUCUGGCAACAUGGCUCACCUUGGAUUAUAUCUCUGACUUGUUCUACGUGCUUGACACGGUUAUUGGGUUUCGCACAGGUUUUCUGGAGCAGGGUAUCCUGGUGCGAGACUUGUCCCUUUUAAAAAAGCGUUACAUGCGCUCCUCUCGCUUCAAGUGGGACAUUGCCUCCCUACUGCCUACCGAUCUACUCUACCUGAAACUGGGCAUCCACACGCCUCUAGUUCGGGUCAAUCGCUUCCUGCGAACGGGCCGCAUGAACGAGGCCCUGGACCGCAUGGAAACGCGGUCAUCCUAUCCAAACACCUUCCGCGUCGCCAAACUCAUGCUGUAUAUUUUCGUGCUCAUCCACUGGAACGCCUGCGUCUACUUCUCUCUGUCUAAUUACAUUGGCUUCGGCGCGGAUGUGUGGGUCUACCCCAAUAUCUCCGACCCCGACUUUGCUGCCACGAGACGGCAGUACUUCUACUGCUUCUGGUUUUCCACUCUCAUCCUCACCACAGUGGGUGACACUCCGCCGCCCGCUCGCGAAGAGGAGUAUCUGUUUUUGGUCGCGGACAUGCUGAUCGCCGUGCUGGUGUUUGCUUCCGUGGUGGGGAGCAUGGGGGACGUGAUAUCGAGCUUGCGUGAUCGUGACAACGUGUUUUUUCCCAAUCACGAGCUUGUGAAGGGUUACCUGCGCAGCCGACGCAUCAGCAAAGAACUGCAGAAACGAGUCAACGACUGGUACCAGCAUCUCCACAUCAACAAAAAGAUCACACGGGAGAAUGAGAUUCUUCAGCAUCUUCCAAUCACACUUCAGACAGCAAUAGCCGUGAGCGUGCAUCUGCCCACUCUGUCCAAAGUCACCAUCUUUCAGAAUUGUGAGAACAGUCUGUUGGAGCAGCUGGUACUUAAACUCACCCCACAGGUGUAUAGCCCAGGAGAGUAUGUAUGCAAGAAGGGAGAUGUAGGUCAUGAGAUGUACAUCAUUAAAGAGGGGAAGCUGGCAGUUGUGGCAGAUGAUGGAGUCACUCAGUUUGCUGUUCUCGGGGAAGGAAACUUCUUUGGAGAAAUCAGUAUCUUGAACAUCAAAGGUAACAAAUCGGGAAAUAGACGAACAGCCAACAUUCGCAGCAUUGGUUACUCAGAUCUCUUCAGCCUAUCGAAAGAGGACCUGACUGAAACACUUCUCGAGUACCCUGCAGCCAAACGCCUGUUGGAGGAGAAGGGUCGUCAGAUCCUGACGAAGAUGGGGAUGCUGGAAGAGACAGAAGAAGGGGAGGAAGAGGUGGAGAAAACGGAGGACAAGGUGAAGCGCUUAGAGGCCAACCUAGAGACCCUGCAGACCAAACUGGCUCGACUGAUAGCUGAACUGGAGUCUAGUGCCCGAAAAAUGAUGCAAAGAGUGGAACAAUUGGAACUGCAAACCGAAGGAUGGGAAGGCAUUGUGGCCGAGGGUGCACAGGGAGAAAUAGAAGAGCAGGGAAAAGUAAAAGAGAGGGAGAUUGGGGAUGGGAAAGGAGAAGGAGAAGGGGACAAGGAAGAUGAAGAUGAGCUAGUAGUGGAAGGAGAAAGAGGAGAGGGUGAUGGAGGAGAGGAAAGCCUGAGAGAAAAAGAGACAAAGGUAGGAGGGAAUGAGAAAAGUGAAAAAGAGACAGAGGACACAGGGGAUGAGCUAACAAAGACAAAAAGACAGGAUCAGAAAAGAGAUUAAAUGUAAGUAGAAUAUAUAUGUAAAAUAUACAGAUACAUUUAAAAUAUACUGUUUAAAUGUUUGGGGUAGAUUUAGACAUUGAAAUGAUCAAAAGUGACAGUAUAAACGAUUCUGCUUAAAAAACACACU